GAAUUUCCAAGCCACAUUAAAUUGGUAAAAUGAAAAAAUUUAAGAGAAGGCUAUCCCUCACACUUCGAGGAAGCCAAACUAUUGAUGAAUCAUUAUCUGAAUUGGCUGAACAAAUGACUAUUGAAGAAAGCAGCAGCAAGGAUAAUGAACCUAUUGUGAAGAAUGGCAGGCCUCCAACAUCUCACAGUAUGCAUUCCUUCCUUCAUCAGUACACAGGGUCUUUUAAGAAGCCACCAUUGCGGAGACCACACAGUGUAAUUGGAGGAAGCCUUGGCUCCUUCAUGGCAAUGCCCAGAAAUGGAAGCAGAUUAGAUAUUGUUCAUGAAAAUUUAAAAAUGGGAUCAGAUGGUGAGAGUGACCAAGCUUCUGGGACAUCGUCUGAUGAAGUCCAGUCCCCUACAGGUGUUUGUCUUAGAAAUCGUAUACACCGACGGAUCUCAAUGGAGGAUUUGAAUAAGCGAUUAUCAUUGCCUGCUGAUAUCAGAAUACCCGAUGGAUAUCUUGAAAAGUUGCAGAUAAACAGUCCACCAUUUGAUCAGCCAAUGAGUCGGCGGUCUCGUAGAGCAUCCUUGUCAGAAAUUGGGUUUGGGAAAAUGGAAACCUAUAUCAAACUGGAAAAGCUUGGAGAAGGUACAUAUGCAACUGUAUACAAAGGCAGAAGUAAAUUAACCGAGAAUUUAGUGGCAUUGAAAGAGAUCCGAUUGGAACAUGAAGAAGGUGCACCCUGCACAGCUAUAAGAGAAGUUUCACUAUUAAAGGAUUUAAAACAUGCAAAUAUAGUUACGUUACAUGACAUCGUUCACACAGAUAAAUCUUUGACUCUGGUCUUUGAGUAUCUGGACAAAGACUUAAAACAGUACAUGGAUGACUGUGGAAAUAUCAUGAGUAUGCACAAUGUAAAGCUGUUUUUAUAUCAAAUAUUACGUGGUUUGGCAUAUUGCCACAGAAGAAAGGUGUUACACCGAGACUUGAAACCACAGAACCUCCUCAUUAAUGAAAAAGGAGAAUUGAAGCUAGCAGAUUUUGGACUAGCGAGAGCCAAGUCAGUUCCCACAAAGACCUACUCAAAUGAAGUUGUCACAUUGUGGUACCGGCCUCCUGAUGUUCUGCUUGGUUCCUCGGAAUACUCAACACAGAUUGACAUGUGGGGUGUUGGUUGCAUUUUCUUUGAAAUGGCUUCUGGAAGACCUCUGUUUCCAGGAUCAACUGUGGAAGAUGAAUUGCACUUAAUUUUUCGACUGCUAGGAACUCCAUCUCAGGAAACGUGGCCGGGUGUUUCUUCAAAUGAUGAGUUCAAGAACUACAACUUUCCAAAAUAUAAACCACAGCCUCUAAUUAACCAUGCACCUAGGUUGGACUCUGAAGGAAUUGAGUUGAUAACGAAAUUUCUUCAAUAUGAAUCUAAGAAAAGAGUUUCAGCAGAAGAGGCCAUGAAGCAUGUGUAUUUUAGAAGUCUGGGACCAAGAAUACACGCUUUAUCUGAAAGUGUUUCAAUAUUCAGUUUGAAAGAAAUUCAGUUGCAAAAGGACCCGGGUUUUCGAAAUUCUUCUUAUCCAGAGACAGGACAUGGGAAGAACAGAAGACAGAGCAUGCUCUUUUAAAUCUGAUAACAUGGUUUCAAGCCCAGCCUUUCUUACCAAUCAAGGACUCGGACCUGAAGGCAAUUAUUUCUUUUGGUGGACUUGGAAUCU